AGAGCUAAAUCUGAAAGGUGUGCAUUCUAUUCAGAAUAAAUAUUCUGAAGACAAGGCUUUCUGUAAAAACUAAUCUAAAGAUGUACAAGCUUCUUGACUUUCUGAAUCUAUCAUAUAUUUUAAAAUAGAAGUAUAUUUAAGAAAAGCUCUGCCCACUUAAGUACAAAUAAAAUAUUUAGAAUGUAAGCAUUUAAUUGUAGCAUGCUAUGCAUGUCUACUCUAUUAAAGCCAUGUCUAACUCAUCUGAAGCAAUUAGCUCAUCUGUCACUGAUCAGUUUGUGGUCCCAUUUUUGAAUUCAUGGAUAUCAUGCUGUCCUUACCCCCUGAGGAAUGAGGUGAGGUAAUUUGUCAAGCAGCUGUUAAAAGGCGAGGAAUCAAUAAUCUAAUAUAGAAAUGAACAUUUGGUAGCUUUUAAAUUGCCAGAAGAAUGAAAGAUAACAGGAUUUCUUCUAAAAGGAUGCUAAUGAAACUUUGUUCUAAGGACCCUUUUAAAAUGUUUUAAGACCAUAAACAACAGGCUAAUGAAGAUCUACUUUGAAAUACUUGUGUUUUUUUUUUUUUUUUCAGUUUUAAGAACAUCUUGUGUAAUGACUGUGGUAGAUGAUGGAAUGAUCUGAUGGCUUUCUCUGAUAGAUUUAAUAAAUUUACUAAUCUUGUAUAGUGUUCGGUCCUUUAGAAGAGGAUAAGUUACAAUUCUACUGAAUUAAGUUUGUGAACUAUGUAUUUAUGAGCUGUAUAUUUCUGAAGUGGGUUGAUUUGAAUGUGGUACAAACUUCCUCUCAAGUUGGUUUUAUUUUACAGAUAUUUUACACUCCUAAUUCAGCCUUUCUGGUGUGUGUAAGGCACCCUCUGUGUCUAUGGGGUCUUCAGUAGACAUUUUCUAGUGUCUUUAAAGUCUUUACUCCAUGGAAAAUGGGUUGCUCAUGCUGUUGAUUCAGAAGACCUUUUUUCGUAGGAAGAAAUGUAUUCGUCUCUGUUUGACAUAUAAUUGAAGGGUUUCCCCUAUUUCUGCUUUUGUGCUUUGUUGUUCACUUACCUACCCUUGAUGAUGCUGAUUUUUUUCCUCCUUUCCCGCUGACUCUUUUUAGAUUAUUUCCUUCGCCGUAUCUAGAGACAUUUAAUUUGCUCCAGAAAGCCAUAGCUCCAAGAGCUCUUCUAGUUUUGCCUUUUCCCCAGGUAGUGUAUGUGUAGAAUAGGGGUAUUAACGUAUGAUACAUUUUGAGUGUUAUUGGAAUGAUUUUCUCGUGGCCACACUUUCAUAGUGUCAAGCUGAAUUGCAUUGUGAUGCACUUACUUUUGCAAUUAGUCCUACAUAUUGUAGGUUUUUUUUUUAAACAUGCAUAAAGCUUAUCCCUCUAUUAAUCUGAACACCAGGAAUUAGCAUUUAUUUGCUCCACCAGUGUGUCACUCUCAACAAACAACCUGAUAUUGUACUCAGAACUGGACAGCAAUCUUUGAAAAAUAUUUCAAACUCUUUUCCUGCCUCUGCUUGUUAGGCCUGUUUUCUGAUACUUCUGGCUUUGUCACUAGUUUUUGGGCUUUUUGAAGUGGUCAUUGUCUCUUUCAGAAUACAUGUUUUUGUUUUGAGGUUCAAAGAAAGUAUUUUGAGUAACUUUAUAGGUAAAGUUACUUUAUUUUAAUUUUAGUUAAAAAAAUUCCUGGGUCCUUCUUUAAUAUGCUGUUUUAUCACUCCAUACUUCCCUUUUUCAUGUGCUAUUUGCCAAUAUAAAGCAAAUACUAUGUGAGAGAGAAAUGUAAUAAUAUACAUAACUCUCAGAGGAGUAGGGAAAAAAAUACGAGUUCCUUAGAGUAGAGCAAAUUGUUCCUAAUAUCAAUUUAAGAAAUAGUUCUCACAUGGAGUACAGUGUAGGAGAUAAUUGAGUAAUGUGGAAAACAGUGUUGUCUGUUGCAGCUUUGAACCAGAAGUGGAGGUGUGAAGUUCAUAGGGCUAUAUCUGGUAGCAAACUGGAAAUGCAACUUUAGAAAAUUCAGUUACUGAUCAUUUAUUUAGUCCAGAAAUGCACACUUUUUGGUUGUUUAUCUCAUGGAUGAAACAACAUCUGUAGAUGUGCAUGCAUAUGAAUUCCUUAAAUCAUUUUCCCUGACAAAUAACUUUAUUAAAAUAAUAAAUUUUAAAGUUAUUUGGUAGGUCCUUGAUUGCAUGUCUCCUAAAUAUCUUAUUAUAUAUAGAUCCAUAAACUAUGGAAAUCAGCUGGAUGGCUGAUAAGAUUCCCAUUUGUUCUGAGAACUAAGGAGCCUAACCAGUGUCUUUACCUGAUUUAAAGGAUCUGCCUCAGAAAAGUGGUAUAUAGCUUUCACUUGUGCAUUUGGCAUUUCUUUCAGACAAAUAGUGAAGUUUCAUUUCUGUACAUUAUUGAGUUGAUUUCUUGGUAUUUGGGUUUUUGGUCUUGUAAUAGGAAUAUUUUAUAUUUCUUGCACUCCCCAGGGGCAUUCUGUGAAAAAUGAGUUACUAAGUAAAAAGUGCUUUGGGUUUUGGGUAAAAAGGUUUAUGGAAGUACAAAGUUAGGGGGAAAAACAUAAAAUGUAUUAACUUUAUUUAAAUAUAUCCUAGACAUUUUUAGAGAGGUAAAUAUUGUAUGUGGGUUACAUCAAAGAUUGCAAAAACAUCUACAUUAAAUCUAAUAGGUUAUAAUAUAUAUUAAUUUUUUAGGUAGUUUGAGUAUGUGCUGCUCUCAGAUCCUAAAUUUUUUAAUUAUCAGUGUUUUGGUAUUAGAUUAUUUUUUCAUUUUUAGACUGUUACUGUAAUUUUAUCUGAACGUAGGAUAUAUUCCUUUGAUUGAGGUCUUUCUCUCCCAGGCUCUUCUAUUAGAGUAGGCAAUAAGGUCUAUGAGUAUAGGCACUUCCCUGCAUGCCCCCUUCCCAACUGCUGUCUUCCCAGUGCCCAGUGAGUGUGCCACAUGGAAAAUGCUCAGGGAAUAUCGGUUAAAUGAAUAAAUGAAUAGCAUAUUGAAGAGCUGAUCUGUUUUGUGAAAUUAUUGUGUCUUGAGAAUAGAGGAUAAAUAAAACACAGUCCCUACCUUCAGGAUUGAGUAGGUACAUCGUGUGCAUAUGGAAAAGUACUAACAAAAUCAGUCAGUUCAAGGUAGGGCAAAUGAAUGACAUAGAUAUUCAGUGUGAUAAGAGUCCUAAUGCUUUAUGCACUGAAUGUUUCAGUAGAACUGCUUUUUUGAUGUUCUUUAAAGACAGUAACUGUUGCAGCUGUUGUGUAUUUCGAGUGCCUACAGCAGUGCCUGUCAGACAUAGUGCUCAAUCUUUUUGAAUGAAUGAAUGAAUGGAAAAUAUGCCUCCUUAUUUUAAAUUAUUUUCAUAUCCAUAGUCUUCACUUUUGCUAUAUUUACUUGUUGCAUUUGCCCUUCUGCCCAUUUGGUGGUAGCUUAAUAAGGAGAAGAGUAAACUAAGGUUUAUUUAAUAUCUUAUAUACGUCAGAUAUUGUUUAAUGCUGUUUCAUUUAACUCCUGCAACAACCCUAUGAGGCUGGUGAUAAUCCUUCCCCUCAUUUUACAGCUGAGGAAAAAUUGAAUUGCUGGAGGAGUUAAAUGGUUUGUAGAAGACAAAAUAGGUAAUAAGUAGUAUGGAUUGUCUUCUCCAUUGUAUAUCAUCUUUAUUUCUUUGUUUUGCUUAUCACUACUCUGAUGCUGUUUAGUAGUUUCUGAAGUGAUAUCUGAAGAACUGAUGAAAGUAGCUGUUAUAUACAAUGUGUAUAACUUCUACCUGACUAUAUGGAGUUGUGUUGUCUAAGACUGUAAAGGGACUGAAAGUGGGAAUAGUGGCCUGUAGGGGUAUGAAAUACAGGAUGGUGGUUUUUAGUGAUUGCUUGCCAUCUUAUUUCAAGUGUGAAGAGCAGACAUAUUGCUCAGAGAUCAUUAUUGUAAUAUUUUGCUUCCUAAUAUUUUAAAGAUAGCCUUUGGGGGGAAAAUUCCUAUAAGGAGACCAAGUUUAGUGCCUUGUGGUGUCCAACAGAGGUGUUCCUGUGCUGCCGUCUUUGCCUCUGCUUGGUGAUAUUAAUUUCUCAGGUUGUACAUUUUCUGUUAUGCUCUGGGAAUCUAUCUGUCUCAAAGGGGAGAUAAGUGAUUUCCAUUUGAAAAAAAAAUUUGGAUUUUAAACCUCAUACGGACAAUGUGUCAGUUGCAACAAAUGUGCCACAUUAAUGCAAGAUGUUACUAAUAAGGUGGUAUAUGGAAACUCUGUAUCUUAUGCAUGAUUUUUCUGUAAACCUACAACUUCUCUUUAAAAAAAAAGACAUAUAACAUAUUUAUAUAUGAAGAUAUAUGCUAUUGAGUUAAACAUGUUAAGCAUUACUAGUUUAUAUCUGUAUUCUGGGACCCAAACUAGGAUCCCUUAAGCAGUGGUGCUUCAGCUACUUAUAAAAUGAUAUGUUUUCUAAUUUUGCCCAACAGGAACUUAUAGGUAUUUGAGAGCCUAGCUUUCAUUGGAGAGGUUACCGUGUUCCUUCCUUCAUUCAUUUAUUCAAUAAAUAAUUAUUAAGCAGCUACUGCAUUAAAAUAUGAGAGAAUUGAGGAGGGGUGAUAUUUGCCCAAGGACAUACAAUCAUUUGGGAGCAGCAAUUCAACUGGAAAUAAGGCUGAAGCUGAUGGUAGUUUAAGUGAUAGUCAUGUGUCGCCUCCAGCAAAACGCACUUUGAAGCAACCAGAUUCUGUUUGCAAAGACAAAUCAAAAUCAAGAAGUACUGGUCAGCGAGAGGAAUGGAACAUAUCAACUGGACAGGCCAGGUUAACUUCUCAGCCUGGUGCUACAUUACCAAACGGACAUAGUAGCUUAUCCCUUCGAAGCCAUCCCCUUCGAGGGGAAAAGAAGGGAGAUGGGGAUCUUUCUUGUAUAAAUGGUGACAUGGAAGUCAGAAAAAGUUGUCGUUCCAGGAAAAACAGAUUUGAAAGCGUGAACCAGAGUUUGUUAUUUGAUCAACUAGUAAAUAGUACUGCUGAAGCUGUACUACAGGAAAUGGACAACAUUAACAUCAGACGGAAUCGUCGAUCAGGAGAAGUAGAACGACUUCGAAUGUGGACUGAUACAGAAUUUGAAAAUAUGGAUAUGUAUUCAAGAGUAAAGAGGCGAAGAAAGUCCCUAAGAAGAAAUAGUUAUGGGAUACAGAAUCACCAUGAAGUUUCUACUGAAGGUGAAGAAGAAGAAUCUCAAGAGGAGGAUGGAGAUAUAGAAGUUGAAGAGGCGGAAGGAGAAGAAAAUGAUAGACCAUAUAAUUUGAGACAAAGAAAAACAGUGGAUCGAUACCAAGCACCUCCAAUAGUACCAGCUCAUCAAAAAAAGAGGGAAAACACACUGUUUGAUAUUCACAGAUCUCCAGCAAGAAGAAGCCAUAUCAGGAGAAAGAAACAUGCCAUUCAUAGUAGUGACACAACUUCAUCUGAUGAAGAACGUUUUGAAAGAAGGAAGUCUAAGAGCAUGGCAAGAGCAAGAAAUCGGUGUUUGCCUAUGAAUUUCAGGGCAGAAGACUUAGCUAGUGGUAUCCUCCGAGAACGAGUAAAAGUAGGUGCAAGCUUGGCUGACGUUGAUCCAAUGAACAUUGAUAAAUCAGUGCGGUUUGAUAGCAUAGGUGGAUUGAGCCAUCAUAUUCAUGCACUGAAGGAAAUGGUAGUAUUCCCACUUUUAUAUCCAGAAGUUUUUGAAAAAUUUAAAAUUCAGCCUCCAAGGGGCUGCUUGUUUUAUGGUCCUCCUGGUACAGGCAAAACCUUGGUUGCCAGAGCAUUAGCUAAUGAAUGUAGUCAAGGAGACAAAAAGGUAGCUUUCUUUAUGCGAAAAGGAGCAGAUUGUUUGAGCAAGUGGGUUGGUGAAUCUGAACGGCAACUUAGGCUUCUUUUUGAUCAGGCAUAUUUGAUGAGACCUUCUAUAAUAUUUUUUGAUGAAAUAGAUGGAUUAGCUCCAGUUCGUUCAAGUAGACAAGAUCAAAUCCACAGCUCUAUAGUGUCAACUCUUCUUGCUCUUAUGGAUGGAUUAGACAAUAGGGGCGAAAUUGUUGUUAUUGGUGCUACAAACAGACUUGAUUCUAUAGAUCCUGCACUCAGGAGACCUGGUCGUUUUGACAGAGAAUUCCUUUUCCACCUGCCUGAUCAAAAGGCAAGAAAACACAUUUUACAGAUCCAUACCAGGGACUGGAAUCCCAAAUUGUCAGAUGCUUUCUUAGGCGAAUUGGCUGAAAAAUGUGUUGGCUACUGUGGAGCUGAUAUCAAGGCCUUGUGCACUGAAGCUGCCCUGAUUGCCCUGCGCAGGCGUUAUCCCCAGAUCUAUGCUAGCAGUCAUAAAUUGCAGCUGGACGUUUCUUCAAUAGUGCUCAGUGCACAAGAUUUUUAUCAUGCAAUGCAGAAUAUUGUGCCUGCUUCCCAACGUGCUGUGAUGUCUUCAGGACAUGCCCUAUCCCCCAUUAUAAGGCCACUACUGGAAAGAAGCUUCAAUAAUAUCCUGGCAGUCUUACAAAAAGUGUUUCCUCAUGCUGAAAUUAGCCAGAGUGACAAGAAAGAAGAUACAGAAACUCUAAUUUUAGAUGAUAGUGAAGAUGAGAAUUCUCUAUCAAUUUUUGAGACCAGUUGUCACUCAGGAUCACCAAAGAAACAGUCAUCAGCUGCUGCUGUACAUAAACCCUACCUUCAUUUUACAAUGUCACCAUAUCACCAGCCAACCUCUUACAGGCCAAGAUUAUUGUUGUCUGGAGAACGAGGCUCAGGUCAAACUUCUCACCUUGCUCCAGCACUUUUGCACACUCUAGAAAAAUUCUCUGUGCACAGACUAGAUCUCCCAGCACUUUAUUCAGUUAGUGCCAAAACACCCGAAGAAUCGUGUGCACAGAUUUUUCGUGAAGCUCGAAGAACAGUACCUAGUAUUGUUUACAUGCCUCAUAUUGGUGAUUGGUGGGAAGCUGUCAGUGAAACUGUGAAAGCAACUUUUCUGACAUUGCUACAGGAUAUACCAUCAUUCUCACCUAUAUUUUUAUUGUCUACCUCUGAAACCAUGUACAGUGAACUGCCUGAAGAGGUUAAAUGUAUCUUUAGAAUACAGUAUGAAGAGGUCUUGUAUAUUCAAAGGCCUAUUGAAGAAGACAGAAGAAAAUUUUUCCAAGAAUUGAUUCUCAAUCAGGCAUCAAUGGCGCCACCACGAAGGAAACACACCGCUCUUUGUGCUAUGGAAGUGCUUCCUCUUGCACUACCUUCCCCACCUCGUCAGUUAUCAGAAUCAGAAAAAAAUCGGAUGGAGGACCAGGAGGAAAAUACUUUAAGAGAGUUGCGGUUGUUUCUCAGGGAUGUAACCAAGAGGCUGGCCACAGAUAAACGCUUUAACAUCUUCAGCAAACCGGUGGAUAUUGAAGAGGUUUCGGAUUAUCUUGAAGUAAUCAAGGAACCAAUGGAUUUAUCAACAAUAAUAACUAAAAUUGAUAAGCAUAAUUACUUGACUGCUAAGGAUUUCCUGAAAGAUAUUGACCUCAUCUGUAGCAAUGCUUUAGAGUACAAUCCAGAUAAGGAUCCAGGAGACAAAAUCAUUAGGCACAGAGCUUGUACUCUGAAGGACACUGCACAUGCCAUCAUUGCGGCAGAAUUGGAUCCAGAAUUUAAUAAACUCUGUGAAGAAAUUAAGGAAGCAAGAAUAAAAAGAGGCUUAAAGGUAACAGCAGAACAAAUAAAUCCUCACAGUACUGGAGCUCGGAAGACAGAAACUAGAGUUGAAGAGGCAUUUCGUCACAAACAAAGAAAUCCAAUGGAUGUCUGGCACAACUCUGCAAAUAAAUGUGCAUUUCGAGUUCGGAGAAAAUCAAGGCGGCGAUCACAGUGGGGUAAAGGAAUUAUUAAGAAAAGGAAAGUCAAUAAUUUAAAAAAGGAUGAAGAAGACACCAAAUUUGCAGACUAUGAGAACCAUACGGAGGACAGAAAAUUGCUAGAGAAUGGAGAGUUUGAGGUAAGCACUGACUGCCAUGAGGAAAAUGGAGAGGAGACUGGAGACUUAUCUAUGACCAAUGAUGAGUCAUCGUGUGACAUCAUGGACAUGGAGCAGGGGCAGCAGCUUAACAGUGGAGCAGGCACAAAAGAAAAUUUUGCGUCUACUGAAGAAGAAAGUUCAAAUGAAUCCCUCCUCAUCAACAGCAGCAGUUCUCUAAAUCCAGAGCAGACAUCCAGGAAAGAGCCUUUCCUUAAAGGAAACUGUCUAAAUGGUGAGGCCUCCACUGACAGUUCUGAAGGAAUACCAGUUCUGGAGUGUCAGAAUGGCAAAGCUGAAGUAAUUUCUUUCUGUGGUGGUGGAGAUAAAUGUAGUUCUGAACAAAAGUUUCUUCUGGAGGACCAGUCAAAAGAGAAUCCAGAAAAUUUGAAUGAAAAUCAUGGAGAUGAUCCUGAGAAAAUAGAUGCACUGGAAUGUGGCAAUACUGAGAAGUUAGAACCUGGCCAUGAUACGGAGGUUAAAGACGCAGAAUUGGAUAAAGAAGGUGCUUCUAAAGUAAAGAAAUACCGUAAGUUAAUUUUAGAGCAGGCAAAAACGACAAACCUGGAACUGGUUCCAGAAGAGCCAUCUGAGCCUGUGCCACCUCUUAUAGUUGAUCAUGAGAGAUUGCAGAGAUUGCUUGAUUUGUUGGUAGAUAAAAGCAACAAUCUGGCAGUUGAUCAACUUGAGAGAUUAUAUUCUCUUCUUAGUCAGUGCAUCUACCGUCAUCGUAAAGAUUAUGACAAAUCACAACUUGUAGAGGAGAUGGAAAGAACAGUUCAUAUGUUUGAGACAUUCCUAUGAACUUUCCAAGAUGAGUGGUUUGUCCUCUCCAAUCUGCUCCUGACAGAGCAUUCUUCUGAGCCAUUCAAUUUCAAAUUGCACCAAUUACGUGCAGAGCCUUGGUCUUAAGUGCUCUCUCACCCAUUCUUUUUCUUUGUUGAAUUUGGUGCUAUUGUCUCAGGUACCUGAAACCAACCAGCCUACAAGAACCAAACAGAACUUCAGAAACAUGUUGUAUUUUCCACAAAUAAAAAAUACAACCCUACAGCUUGGAGAUUUUGGUGCUACAGAAACUGCUCUCGCUUCUGCUGCUCCUUUUGUGCACUCUCUUUUGGAGACCUCUCUUAGGGAGCAGACCAGCAAACGUGAGGAAACUGGAUGGGGCAGUUCUAACCGUGUUGAAUUGUUUAAACAGUGGGCAGCCAAUUUUUUUUUUUUUUUCUCCUUUCUAUCCCGUUUAUCAUAUUUGUUUUCUUACUCUCUGGGUAAUGGACUGAAACCUGUUUUAGAGUUGGCUAUGGUAUAUUCUGGUGGAAUGAAAAACUUGGAUGAAAUCAGAUUAGGCUCUUUAAAACUGCCUUUAAUGUGCCUUUUUAUUCAUUUGAGAAAGAUAAGGCUAAACAGAUGGAUGGGCUUGCUUGUAGCAGAUGGCAGAAUUGGUUUGUUUUCUUUGGUCUUGACCCUGAAAUAAGUUUGAUACUCUGUGUCAUCAAGAGGCAACUAGUAAUUUGGUAUGAACUGCCUGUCUUGCUCUCAGAACGCAAUGAAGACACUCAAUAAGCCACAUAAUAUAAUAAAAUGGCAAAUUUUCUUGUAUGGUCUAUUUCUUUUUGAGCAACAUUUAAUAAAACAACAACAAAACCAAAUAAUAAUAGGCAACACACACACACACACACACACACACACACACACACACACACACACACACCUCUUACACUUUUUGGUAUUGCUGACAAUGAUGACCAGAAAAUAGAAAGAUAGCGGCCAUUCUUUCUUCCGUCAGUGAGUGGCAGUUUAAUAGUUGCCCAGGUUUGAGUUCCCAGAAAAGAAUGAUUUUCAUAUAUAGUAAAUUGGUAUACUUUUGUUUUAAAGCCAGAACUUGCCAAAUGAACAGGAAAGAGAGGAAUCUGUCAGAAGCUCCAGUUCAUUUUCUGUGUAUAAUUGCAAGUGAGCUCUGGUAUAGUCCAUGAAUAACAGUAUUAAUGUUUAAACCCCCUCCCAUAAUCUUACCUUCACAACUAUUCAUUUUGAUUGAAACGCAUUUUGGAUCUUGUUGAGUGAUUUCUGUGAAUUGUACUUAUCUAAAAUUAAUUAUGGGUUUCUAGUUUUACAAAAACCUAGCUUUCUACAAAUCUGGAAACAGUCUAGGCAGUUGCAAAGAGGCAAAGGGAGUGCAGUAAUGUUUUUUAUCAGAUGAUUUUUAAAUAAAUAGUAAAAAAAAAAAAAAUUGCUGACAACUUGGCUCAACAUCUUCAUUCAUUAUAGCCGUUAGCUGCAGGUAUGUCUUUCCAAUAUAUGCAACACAUGUAGUUUGGGUUUUAAUUAAAGCAAAUGGUCUUGGACUACUGCAGAGAUACUGAGCUACCUCAGCUUUUUGUAUUUUAGUUACCAACAGUGUUUACAGAGUCCUGUAAUCACUUUGCCACAGUUUACAUGCUGAAGCUAAGGUACUUGUCUCUGGCUAUUUGUAGUGUGCUGGAUGCCAGUGCAGAACAGCUCGCUUUGGCUCCUGCAGUAAUCCUAAAUGCUGCUUUGCAUUUGCAUUUACAUUUUACACCUUCUAAUUCUAGCUUAAUUUUUUUUUAAAUGCCACUUGUUUUCUUUAUACUUAGUCUAUGACGUUUUCAUAGUAUCCAGUUAGUCCUAUAAUUCAAGAUGCUACCCAUGUAGACACACUGUAUUUUUAAGGUGGGCAAGUGCGAUUAACGAUGAACCAUUUUAAAGGGGAGGUUAUUUGAAAACUCCAAUUUGAUUAUUGGGAGGAUUUUCAUGUUUUCUUUAGUAUUUAUUACCAUCAUACCAGUUCAAACUAUUUUACUGUCUAAUACAUUAGCAUUUUGUAUUUUGAUGGAAAUUGUUACAGAAUUUAAAGAUUUGAUGAAAUAAGAUGUAGCAGAUUUUUUGUAGCAAGUUUCUGGUAAAAGGGUUUUUUGCAAGUCUCAGGUUCUUGCUGCACUAUUUUUUUUUAAAUAUUUAUUCCAGUUACUCUAAUUCAGAAGCAUUCUGUUCAAGUAACAGCAGCACUUGUGAAAGAAAAAAUAACGCACAUGUUCUUAGUAAGUUACUAAUUUGUACGAGUUAAUUACCAUUUUAGCCAUCAGUGAGUUUGACAAGGGAAAUUAAUUUAUGUUCAGCAUUAAAAUGCUUCCAAAAGAUCGUGUGUUUUUUGUUUGUUUGUUUGUUGUUGUUUUUUUAAUUUUAACCUUAAUGUAGAUGGAGAAAUAGGAGGCAACCUCAGUAUGAUAGGAACUGCCACUUUGAACAGUUUAGGUCUUAAAGAUAAAGCCAAUCUAAUGCCAAGGGGAGAGAAAUGAGCUGAAAUUGUAGCAACUCCUCUGGCUCCAUUCCCCCCCAAAAGAAAUACACUACACCAGUUUUACUUAUUUUACAAAUAUCUGGUGGUUCUAUAGUUUAAAGCAGCUUGUAAAAUUAUCCAAGUUGACUCAAUUUUGUUUACCUUUCUGUUCUUAAUUUUUGCUGUAUAGCAUUGGCAAAAAUAUGUACAAAAUUGACCUCUGUUCUUAUUUCCUAUUGUGAGCAUUAUAAAUGAUAAGCUCCUGUGUAAAACUUUGCUCUCAGAUCAGUCAAAUAAAUAUGUAUCACAGCACAGCCCAACAAUAGUUAAUGCUUAGCUGUGGGGACCAUGGGAGCUGUUCUGAAGAUGAUGGAACCACACUAGGGUUGAAACUGAUGGCUGUGGAGUUAAUUGUGUUUUUGAACUUGAAUCUCACCUGUGAUUUUUGUUUUGUUUCGUUUUGUUUUGUUUUAUGUCCUUUCAUGACUUGAUUUUUCUCAUAUGCCAAUGUAUUUGUAGGUUUACUGGAUUUUAUUUUUAGGGAGUGGGGUGGUAAUUUCUCAUCUUCACAUUUUUUGAUUAAGUUGGUUCAGCUAUGGCGCUAUUCAGUAGGUAUCUUCAGUGUCAGAUCCCGUAGCUGAAUGCCAUUGUUAUUACAAUAUUAUUUGUAAUCACAUUGUAAGCUUGAAUUUGGGCUUGUACCUGCAUCUUUUGUAUUUUGUACAUUCGGUUCUUCAGAGUUUGGGAGUCCUAUUUGGUUUCAGUCAUGUCUGUCUACUUUGUAGAUUAAGUAGACUUCAUCAACUAUGGUCUAUUUUGAUUUGUAGUUUAAUUUAGAAUUGUGUUAAAUUGAUGUUUUGCAUUUGACUUCAUUUUACAUUAGUUUGAAGUAAAUUAUUUAAUUUUUUGAUUUCUGGAAUUUUGAACAUUUACUGUAAUUUGUAAUAUAACUGCUGUGAAAUACUUGAAUAAAGAUGAUAAGAAAAUGUCUUUCUUUUGCUUAA